AUGGAUGCUGUUCGCGGGUCGCAACCGGAAGUGUCGCCCGGGUCGCUCACGGGGUCACCCUUCCUCACCCUGACCCCUGAGGCCAUCCAGGCGGAGAUCAAGAGCUGGGUCAUCAACAAGGGGCUCGGCGAGACUCCGCUCCACCGCGCCGCCCGACUGGGAUACUACGUAAGGGGGACAUCGGGCUGUACUGCCUGGAGACGAAGCUGCAGGAGGUGGGGCAUGCGGGACAACGCCGGGUACACGCCGCUCCACGAGGCGUGUACGAAGGGCCAGCUGGGGAUGGCGCGACUCCUGCUCCGGUACGGCGCUCAGGUGAACGCCUCCCUCCGCCAGGGAAACAUCAGGCCAAUCCAUGGGGCAAUCGAGAACGGGCACAUGGAGGUGGUCCGGUUGCUCCUCUCGUACGGGGCAGAUCCACUGCUCGGGACUUAUUCGGGCCUGACUCCGGUUGCCUUGGCGAGGGAGUCGAGGGUCAUGCAGUCGCUCCUGCAGGACCAUCUGGCUGACGUCCAGGGGAAACCCGCCCCUCCCUGGCAGUUUCCCUCCACUCUUGGAUCAGACUCGGAGACGGGAUUCGAUGUCUUCGAUGCCGUAGACCUCCCUCCUGAUUCUCCAGACCAGGAUGACCUGUCUUCUAUGUUCUUCGAGACCAGUGAGGUCCCUAUGAUAAACACCUACCAAAUCCUGGAGGAUGCAUGUCCAGAUCCCUUCGUCCUACUUUCUGACUUAUCGUCACGGCUGGGUCCACCAGUCACAUACUGCUGGUCCCUUCGCUUGGAUCGUACACUAGAGCGCCAGCCAGAUCCCAGGAGGCUGGGCACGGUGUUGGGCCACACCCUGAGCUGUUGA